AGUCCGUCCGAGUCAGGCGCCAGCUCAGCACUCAGCACCUCUACCUUCAACUCCAGCCAGCAGGGGUCAGUCAGCUGCUCGUGUGCCGUGGUGCGAGGACGUCUCGCGGAACGCGUUUGCUCCCCGUCGCCGUGCUCGCUACCAGCGAGGACGCCCGGGGUGCCACCGCCUCCACGAACGUGAACGACGGCGAGCUCGUCCCGAGAGGAGUGCCAGGGACCAGCGAGUACACAAGGACAACGCGCAGCCGCGACGAUGGAGCACGCCGGAGACAAGGCUUUCAAGUGUGAAGAGUGCGGCGAGAAAUUCGCGUGGAGCGGUAACCUUAAGAGUCACCAGCGGAUCCACACGGGAGAGAAGCCCUUCGAGUGCUCUCUCUGCGAUAAGAAGUUCACGCAAAGUGGAGGUCUGCAAAGACAUGUCCAGAUCCACACGGGAAAGAAGCCUUUCGAGUGCACCGAGUGCGACAAAACGUUUGCGGAGAGCUCUUCACUUCGAACACAUCUCAGAUCCCACACGGGCGAGAAGCCAUUCGAGUGUAACUUAUGCGACAAGAAAUACGCGACGAAAAGUGGCCUGUAUAUACAUAUGCGAGUGCACACGGGAGAAAAGCCACACCAGUGCACAGUGUGUGAAAAGAAGUUUGCAAGCAGUGGACAAAUGAAAAGUCACUUACGAUGCCAUCAUACAGGGGAGAAGCCCUUCGAGUGCAGCGUGUGCAGUAAGAAAUUUGGAACGAGUGGACAAUUACGUCUCCAUCUUCGUACCCACACAGUUCAGGGAGAGAAACCAUUCGAGUGUGCAAAGUGCAAAAAGACAUUUUCACGCAGGCCAGCUUUGCGCAUACAUAGCCGCAUCCACACAGGCGAGAAGCCCUAUCAGUGUAAAGUCUGCAGUAAAACAUUUCGGCACAGUUCAAGUCUGCAGCAGCAUAGCCGAACGCACACCGGAGAGAAGCCAUAUGCGUGUACCUUGUGCGAAAAGAAAUUUUCGCGACGUGGGCAUCUGAAAUCACAUCAUAGAACUCACACUGGAGAGAAGCCCUUCGAGUGCACGGUCUGCGGCAAGAAAUUGGGGAGCGAUAGUGAUCUGAAAAGCCAUCUUCGCACCCACACGGGCGAGAAGCCGUUCGAGUGUACGCUCUGCGACAAGAGGUUUGCGAAUACUGGUGGUUUGCGUGCUCACCUUGUCAGCGCCCACACAGGAGAAGUGCGUUACAAAUAUGAAUGCUCCGUAUGCAACAAGAAGUGUCGGACCAAUUGGAAUCUCCGCAUGCACAUGCGCACACACACGGGAGAGAAGCCCUUCGAGUGCGCCCUGUGCCGCAAGAGAUUCAGGCAAGAGUCGUAUCUCCGCAACCAUCUCCAUAUUCAUACAGGGGAGUUCAAGUGCACGGAGUGCGACGUCAAGUGUGUGAGCGCCAGCCAUCUGCGGCACCAUCUCCGAACUCACUCGGGAGAGAAGCCCUUCGAGUGCGCCGUGUGCCGCAAGAAGUUUGCGCAAAGUGGUGGGCUGAGCCGGCAUCUUCGCACCCACACGGGGGAGAAGCCGUACCAGUGCACCGAGUGCGACAAGGCAUUCGCGGGCCGGAGCAACAUGACGGCCCAUCUUCGGAGGCAUUCUUUAUAAGACACCGGGCCGUGGUUUUUGGUGCGCCCUUCAAAUGUGUACAAUUUUGACAUUUGUCCCUUUGUCAGUGUUAUUUAUUAUACGAUCAAAUUAUUGUAUUUGAAAUCAUUAAACUUAUACUUCAA